UGUUUGAAUCCUGAUGAAGCUUUUCAACUUUUCGCCUUGAAUGCCUUCAAAAAAGGCUAUGUUGACCCAAAGAUAAGGGUGCUAGCAGAAAAAGUGACUGAAUAUGCAGGUGGAAAUCCAUUGGCCCUAAAGGUUUUAGGCUCCUUCUUGCAUGGCAAAAAUCAAGAAGCAUGGGAAAGCCAACUGGGAAGUAUUGAAGGCAUGAUUAUGAACCUUUCAGAAGUUGAAGAGAUGGAUGUAAUUAUUAAAGCCUUUCGUUCAAUGCCCAAUCUGAAAUUUCUUAGGUUUUAUGGAAAUUUGAAUGGUCAGCUUAGCAACAAGUUAAAUGCUUCUAGUAUGAAGCUUUUGCCAAGAAAUCUCAUGCUAUUAGAUUGGGUGGGAUGCCCUUUAAAGUCCUUGCCAACAACAUUCAAUGGAGAAAAUCUUGUUGAAAUAAAAAUGCCCAACAGCAAUUUGACAAAACUCUGGGAUGGAGAGCAGAAUCUUGUGAAUUUAACCAAAAUUGAUCUUCAUGAAUCAAAAGACUUGACUGAGCUCCCAAAUUUUUCCAAGGCCAUACAUCUUGCAGAAGUUUAUCUUCAGGGUUGUUCAAAAUUGCUGAAUGUUCAUCCCUCUAUUUUAUCUCUCCAUAGCCUUUGUGGAUUAUUGCUAAGUGGUUGCAAAGCCCUUACCAACCUUACGAGCAACACCCAUCUCAAAUCACUAAGUAUGCUCGACUUGACGGGAUGCUCAGGACUACGCGAAUUUUCAGUGACCUCAGAAUAUAAUUUGUUUGAAUUGAUGCUUUGUGGAACAGCCAUCAAUGGUGAGUUGUCCUCAUCAAGCGGAUGUCUCAGCAAAAUUUAUUUUUUGGACCUAGAAAGAUGCGAAGGGGUGACAAGUCUUCACAAAUUGGUUGACAAGCACACCCUCCAACGCCUUCAUGCUGAUUAUUGUAAUAAGCUAGCAUCAAAUCUACGUUCCAUAUUUGAUGAGAUGCGUGCUUUGGAAGCUCUAGUGCUGAGGGGUUGUAGUGAAUUAUUUGAAGUUCCUGACAACAUCAGCUUGUUGUCGUCAUUAAGUCAGUUAGAUCUCUCGAGGAGUAAUAUAGAGACCUUGCCUUUAAGCAUCAAACAUCUUUCAAGCCUGCAAUGUCUCACCUUAGAUGGAUGCAAAAGGCUUCUGUCCCUACCACAACUCCCUCCCUCUAUCUGUACACUGGAAGCCAAUGGCUGCUGGUCCCUUGAGACUUUACAUUCACCUUUAAUGAGUGAAGAGAUAGAAGGAAAAAAUUAUUUUUAUGAUAACUUCAGUUUCAGAAGUUGCAUGAAGUUGGAUGGGCAGUCAAUCAAAGCUGUUGAGGCCAAAGUGCUACUUUACAUGAAUAAUAACAAAGACAUUCAUUACCGGGCUCAAAUGGAAUUUCCGGGAGGAAGAGUUGCGGAGUGGGUCAUGUAUAGGACUACACAGUCUUUGGUGACUGUGGAUCUCAGCUCGAUUCCACAACCUUGGGAUGGCGCCUUUAUUUGUUGUGCCGUGAUUUAUGGCUCACCAUCGCGGACUACAAUUGGUGCCAAAUUGUUUAUUGAUGGACAAUAUGCUUACAUGUCUCCAGGCGAGUCUUUUCAUGUGUCUCUGUUGUCACAUGUUUGUCUUUGGUACGAUGCAAAGUCAUGGAAAAAGGUACAAAGGACAAUUGAAGAAAAGAAAAGAGAAGCUCAAAGCAACACUACCUAUCAUCCAUUAUUGCUUCAAUUUGAAUUCACAGCCCUUUCGCCUUAUGAUGAUGAAACAACAGUAGUGAUCAAAGAGUGUGGGGUGUGCCCGACAUCUGCCGUUGAAUAUCAAAAUUACAUCAAACAAAUUCAAUUGGCAUUAUUGCAUCCGCAUCGUAGCUCUAAUGCAACGCAAUCGGCCUCUCAAAAGUGCAAUCGGCCUGCAAAGAAGCAGUCUGGAAAUAUAAUCACUAGAAAUUAA